AGGCCCAUUUCAUUAGGGCUCAUCUUUCCGGCCCAAAUGGGCUUGGAAAGAAAACACGCUCACAUUCGUCCUUCCAUGGAAAGAAAAACUCAUAGCUAGCUCUGUAGUUACUAGUUUGCACUCCUCUCCGCGGUCGCCGACAUCGCCACCGCUGACGACGUCGUCUGCGCCACCGUCAAAUCCUUACCUAUACUACGUCUUAGAGUUGUUCUCUGUAGACCUCAUUUCACUGAUGGCGAUUGUGAAAGACUCUGUUGCCUAUUCGAAUAUCUCUCCACCAAAUUCACAUGGAGCUGUUGUUCUUGGCGGAACUUUUGAUAGAUUGCAUGAUGGCCACCGGCUUUUUCUCAAGGCAUCGGCUGAGGUUGCAAGGGAUCGCAUUGUCAUUGGGGUUAGUGAUGGACCCAUGUUGAGUAAAAAACAGUUUGCUGAUCUAAUAGCACCGAUUGAGAAAAGGAUGCAUGAUGUUAAAGAGUAUAUUAAGUCUAUCAAACCAGAGCUAGUAGUGCAAGUUGAACCAAUUAUUGACCCCUAUGGUCCUUCAAUCGUUGAUGAGAAUUUGGAGGCUAUUGUUGUCAGCAAGGAGACUUUACCUGGGGGACUAUCAGUAAAUAAGAAGAGAGCUGAGAGAGGCCUCUCGCAACUAAAGCUUGUGCAGAUUGAAGUUAUUGACAUCCUCCCUGAGGAAUCAACUGGAGAAAAGCUGAGUUCUACAACAUUGAGGAGACUUGAGGCUGAGAACAUGGUGAAUGCUGCUUUUAGUUGAAUAAUGUUUGGCGGAAUAUGAGAAAAUUUAGAAGCAGAAAAUUCGGGAGCCAACAGACAAUGAGUUUCUGUGUUCUAAGACAGAAUUGAGGCAAGCUGUGUACUUUAGGAAGGAUUAAUUCCAAUGGGCAUUUGAUUGAUGUCAUUUAUGGAUAUUUUAUUUUUAAUAGGCCUUCUAAUUUUAAUGCCAACUUGGAAAUGUAAUUCCAAUAACAGUAUUUUGGCUGUAUGAGAAAAACGCCACCCCCUAUGAGUGGUGAAUUUUCUUUUC